AUGCGAGGACUGUACCAACACCUCAAGAGAUCAGUGGGCCUCAGCGGGAGACAAGCGGGGGGACAGCAGCUCGUCGCGGAUGAGAACGACGUGUUGCUCCGGAACAGGGACGACAUCCUCCAGCGGUGGGCGAGAUUCUUCAGCACCCUACUCAACACCAAAUCCCCCACCCUGAACCCAGACAUCAUCGAACGAGUGACGCAGCGGCCAGCGACACGUGACACUCAACGGUUGGGAGAUGUGCCAGAACUCGAGGAGGUGGCACGGGCAACGAAAGGCCUCAAGAACUGGAAGGCACCCGGCCAUGACUCCCUCCCUGCCGAGUUGCUCAAGAUCGAUGACGACGAACCCUUCGUCCUGGGACACCUCCAUACUAUCCUCGUCAAGGUGUGGAACGGAGGAGAUAUUCCGCGAGAGUGGAAGAAUGCAACCAUCAAGGUGCUGUACAAGAAGGGUGACCGGUCCAACUGUAACAACUACAGGGGGAUUUCGCUACUAUCUCACGUAGGCAAGGUCCCCAUCAAGAUCAUCACCAACCGUCUAAGCGCCUUCUGCGAAGCCAACAACAUCCUCCCGGAGGAACAGUGCGGAUUUCGACCCGGGCGAUCCACCGUCGACAUGCUGUUCGUCGUGCGCCGCCUCCAGGAGCUGGGGCGGAGAAAGAAAUAUCGCUCUACAUGUGCUUCGUCGACUUGAACAAGGCGUAGGAUUCGGUGGACCGAGAGAUGCUGUGGAAGGUGCUGGCCAGGGCCGGGAUUCCCGCAAAGCUGAUCGAAGUCAUCCGCCAAUUCCACGAUGGAAUGCGGGCCCGGGUGCGCAUGGACGACGGAGAACUAUCGGACUGGUUCUUCGUGACACAGGGCGUGCGACAAGGAUCAGUGCUAUCCCCACUGCUGUUCAACAUCUUCUUCGACGAGGUCCUCGAGGUCGUCGUCAUCCGAUUCAUCGAGGAUGAUGUUGUUCUGCGGAGCCUGGUGUGCUUGGAGGAGGGGAAGACGGAAGCGGGGGGAG